AUGGAUGACGUGCGACGGAAAUGCGCUCGGCUCCGCCUUCGACUCUCGGACACAAAAGGCGGAGCUCGAGCCUGUUACGAGUUCAUCCGUCGCCAUCGACGAACGUCGGCCGCGCUUCUGAUUCGGAGCGCACACCGUCGAGUACCCAGAGUUAUUUUCCACGGGCGAAUCAUGCAACUGCUACUCCUGUUCACUAUGGUCGCGUUAAUCGUUACCGUAGUGUCAGCUGAACCACGACUGCGAUUUAGCAACAGUGCUGAGUCUGGACUGCUACGACGGGCCGGAUUGUUCUUUAGGAAGAGAGGCAGCGCCUGGGAUGGUGUCUCUGCGCCGUUCACUUUCACGAAUUUGGCUGAGAAGCGGCGUGUACGUGAGCUGUUCGGAAAACGAUCCGCACCGGCAGUCGAGACUCCGGAUGUCAACGUCCUCGAAUUACCAGAUGAUCAAUAUCCAUCCUUAUACGAUUCGAUGCUAGAAUUACAUCGUGACCGACGCGGUCGCGUACGAGAGUUGUUCGGCUAA